CAUCGGAGAGACAGUGCUUACUGAAAACAAAAUAUUAAUGACAACACAGAAUGACAGCCGGGACUGCACUGAUACUCUUGACAUGGACAGUCCUCACUGGGCAAGGGUCAAAGGCUCAGGACUGUGGAGUGGCACCUCUGAACACAAGGAUAGUGGGUGGUGAGAAUGCCACAGCUGGGUCCUGGCCCUGGCAGGUCAGCAUACACUAUUUGUUGGCUCACACGUGUGGAGGGACGCUCAUCAGUGACCAAUGGGUACUCACAGCAGCCCACUGCAUCCGAGCGAACGCAGCUAAUAGAUGGGUUCUCUACUUCGGAAGAGUGAAUCAAAGUGGCCCUAAUGUUAAUGAGGAGAGGCGCACUGUGUCUGAAAUCAUCGUCCAUCCUGACUACAACAACACGUUAUUCAACAAUGACAUUGCCCUAAUGAAGCUCAGCAGCCCUGUCACUUUCACCGACUACAUCAGACCUGUCUGUCUUGCGAGUAACUCCAGCCAGUUCUACAACUCCACCCCCUGCUGGGCCACUGGCUGGGGAAGAGUCGGAAAGGAUGAGCCCUUGGUAGCCAUUGAGAGACUUAAGGAGGUUCAGGUUCCUGUUGUUGGAAACAAGCAGUGCAGCUGCAAUUAUCGCCCAGUAGAAGAGGCAAACAUCACUGACAACAUGAUUUGUGCCGGGCAAGAGAACAGAGGAACGUGUCAGGGGGACUCCGGUGGACCUUUGCAAUGCAAACAAGGUUCAGUGUGGAUCCAGGCUGGCAUUACCAGUUUUGGAGUACCUUGUGCAACGGCUGAUUUCCCUGAGGUCUUCGCCCGAGUGUCUCAGUUCCAGACUUGGAUUCUAGACCAAGUGGCAGGGUCCAGCGUUAGCUUUGUGACAUUCACCUCCAGAGGCCAAAAUCCUGAAAGCAACUUUGUGUGUCGUGCAAACUCUCCUAAUGCAACAGCAGCAACUCCAACUACGACCUCCAUGGCACCAACCUUUGCAAUUGAGCUUGCACAUGUUGUAUUCUUAGUGUUCCUGCAACACAUUUUAGCUCUAUAGCACAGUUUUGCUAAACAACUUCUCAAACUGAAUGCAGACAAUGGUAGGCUAUAAAGCCGUCCAUGUUAUGAGUUGCACCACAGUGCCUUAAUAUUAAAAUUAAAAUAAAUAAUUAAAAAAAAAUAUUAAUAUGAAAACUAAUAAUGAAACAAGGUGUCUUCUAUCACUAUCAGUUACAAUGGGUUGAAAUGAAUUACUCUUUGACUCAGAACUUACUUACUAAAGAACUAAAAACUAACUAAAGAAAAUAAUGUAUUGAGUCUGAAUUGGUAUUGGUAUUACUGACAAGUAAUUUUUUUUUAAAUUAAUAAAUACACAUAUAAAUGAGGUGGAGAAAAAAUAUAACAUUACUGAUGUAAUACGUAGAGUAACAUUUCUUUUGGUAAAGAAAUUGACUUAACACCCUUCCACUUCUGUAAAUCAUGAUCAUAUGAGGAUCUACGCUAAAAAGCAGGUAGUCAAAAUUAAGAACAAGCGACCAAAAGCACCACAAACAGGGUCAGACUGGAAACUAAAUUAUUUUCGACCGGACUCAUUUCUCCCCAACGUAUCACAAUUUCAGGCUAUUUAUAACAUAUAGGCUAAGCAACAGAUAUGAAGGCAGCUCAUUGGCUGAUGCAGAAUAAUGGACAGACAGCAUCCAUGUUUGUUGUGUAUAAAUCAAUGUAGAGGUCAUCUUGCAGAAUCUGACUGUGGCUGAAUAUUGCUAUAAACAAAACGCAGUGAAUGUACUUCCUUUUUAAAGGAUUCUUUAAAAGUAAAG